UUUAAAGCUGUGCAAUUUGGUGUUGAGCACAGAGGGAGCCUGGAUAUUUAGCAGUUGACAUGCAGCGAGAAACAGCUAUAUCAAGGGAGGGAUUUUUGGUCAAAAGGGGGCACAUUGUUCAUAACUGGAAGGUGAGAUGGUUUGUACUGUCCAAGGACCAGCUUCUCUACUAUAAAAUAGAAGGAGGAAAGAAGGAGUCUCGUCCCAGACGCAUUAUUUCUCUGGAAGGAUGUACUCUCCACUGUCCCUGUAUGGAUUAUAAAAACAGGCCGCUGGUGAUUAAAUUGAAGGCAAAGAAUUCUGUUGAGCAUUUCCUCGAAGCUUCUUCCCGUGAGCAGCGAGAUUCUUGGGCUGCGGACAUUCAAAAAAUGAUCAGAGCUUCAAAUCCAGAGGGUCAAGAGCAAUUGAAUGAUUCAAACAUGGCCUUUGAACUACCAGCAAACAUUUGCCUCAGUCACUUAAUUAUUGACAUGCAAGAAUCCAACAGUGGGAUCAAAGAGAUGACAAAUGGCGAAUAUGGGCAUACCUACAAACUGUGUUUCACAGGCUCUACAGUGAUUGACUGGCUGGUGUCCAGGCAUGUUGUCAAUUCCCGUUCAGAUGGUGUAACUUUAGCAUCCCUUCUAAUUGAAGACGACCUCAUUAAACCAGUCGGAAAUAAAAGUACAAAAGCUGUUUGGAAUGUUGCUGGCACAGAGCAGUUUCUCGAUGAUUCAACUGCACUUUACUGUUUUGCAAAAAAUGAGAAGAAGACCGAAAGUUUGAAUGAUAAGAUUGAAAUACCUUACAUGGAGCUGAGUGGCAAGAUUGUGAAACAAGGGUUUUUGAUGAAACAGGGACACAAAAGGAAGAAUUGGAAAGUGAGAAGAUUUGUUUUGAGGGCAGACCCUUCACACCUACAUUACUACGAUCCCUGCAAGGAAAGAAACGAUCAGCUGGUUGGUGGAUUUUCACUUCGUGGCUGCUUGGUGUCUGCUUUGGAGGACAAUGGAAUCCCACCAGGAAUAAAGGGAAAUGUUCAGGGUAAUCUCUUCAAGAUUAUAACCACAGAUGAUGUGCAUUAUUACAUUCAAGCUGGUUCCCGUGCUGAGAGGUCAGAGUGGAUCCAGGCGAUCAAACAGGUGACAUAGACCUCGUACAAAAGUGCCUGCAGUUGGAGUCAGAAAGAAGAACAAAGAAAAUGAACUCAAGCAAAAUUUCAAAAAGGGCUUGGAUUCUUCUUUGUUCAAAGCAGUGACAUGUCACCAGAGAAUGCAAUCUUGAAAAUGAAAACAUUUUGAUAAAUAUUAUUCCUUUCUCACUCGCUGUUACACCACACACACUCAUUAUAUACACACACACAUAUACAUCGCCAAAAAGGAUAACUUCUUGUUGACAUUGUGCUCUCUUUCUCUGGCAGAGUACAGUGAACACAGUAGACUUUGGACAUAAAGCAAAAAACACAGGAGGUUAAUCUCAACACUGGAUUAAUAUUUGCUAAUUAUCUAUCUGUUAAUGUUUUAUGAAUAGAGUUACAAAAUUGAGAUUGUACAGUCUUUGCGUACCGAAGCAAUAAUUUUCAGACAGACAUGGUCUUCUUGUAAUUGUAUUUAAUUUUCCAAAUUUUUAUUUAUGCACUUUAUUUUUUUAAAUGUAAUUUUCAGCUCCUUUUUCGUCAUGUUGUUGUUUUAAUGUGUACCCAAAUAUAAAUACCUUGUGGAAGUAACUGAUGUUUUCAAAUUUUUGCUUUUCUCUUUUACAUCAUGCUGAGUAAUACGUUUUAAGUUUUUUUUAUUCGCUUGUGGGACAUGGGCUGAUCUGUGGUUUUUGAAUGGAAUUAAGAGGCUAAAAAUCUGAUAAUUAAAGGAGGAAGCUAAA